AUGGUACACAGUAUCUGUAAAGUUCUAGAGUUAAGAUUAGCACAAGCUCUACAUUUAAGGUCUCUUUAUACUUUUUUUGUCAUAUAGUAUGAAAAUAAUAAUCUUUUUAUUGUGGAUAUGUACAAUGACAUGAAUAAAAUAAUUUAUUUGGUUCAUAGUGUACGUGGGUGUUUUUGUUUUUUAUAUAUUAGUAUAGUUUAAGGGUAAAGAUUAAAUCUUUAUGCAAGAAGGUUAGUGAUAUUUAACAAUAAUUACUUAUGUAGUAAUAAAUGAACAGCUCAUUUUGGGGUACUGAAGUUACUACAGUAGACUAGUGUCCUGUGUUGUUCCAGUUUCCUUUAGGAUCUUGGUUAGUAGAUUUUCUUUGUUUGCUUCAGUGGAGCAGAAGUUCAAUUAAGAACCUCUUGACAAACCUCGUCUGAAGCAACAGUGCAGGCUGAUUGAUACUAGAGUUAUAAAUUUUGGAUGCUUCUGAUGAUGCUCAAACCGUGGCUUGCGAUAUCCAUACUAUUUUCUUUCCUCAUCUCAAAUGUAAUAGGUGCAUUUGUUGGAAUAAACAUUGGCACCGAUGUUUCAAAUUUACCGCCAGCUUCGGAUGUGGUUGCACUCCUUAAAGCUAAUCAAAUAACUCAUGUGCGCCUAUUUAAUGCUGAUGCUCAUAUGUUGAAUGCGUUAGCCAACUCUAGUAUCGAAGUUGUUAUCGGUGUUACAAAUGAUGAGGUCUUAGGGAUCGGAGAAUCUCCAUCAGCUGCAGCUGCUUGGGUAAAUAAAAAUGUAGCAGCUUACAUUCCCUCUACAAAUAUUACGGCUAUUGCCGUGGGUAGUGAAGUUCUCACCGCAAUCCCAAACGCUGCACCGGUUUUGGUUCCUGCUAUGAAUUACUUGCAUAAAGCAUUGGUUGCUUCACAACUUAAUAACCAAGUUAAAGUUUCAACCCCGCAAUCAAUGGACGUGAUUGCUAGGGCAUUUCCUCCUUCCACUGCCACUUUCAAUUCUUCUUGGAACUCAACAAUCUUCCAGAUCCUUCAGUUUCUAAGAAACACAAACUCAUACUUCAUGUUGAAUGCUUAUCCAUAUUAUGAAUAUGUUCACUCUGAUGGAAUCUUUCCGAUUGAAUAUGCCCUUUUCCAACCACUCUCCACAGUGAAGCAAAUUGUUGAUCCAAACACCCUGUUUCACUAUGUAAGUAUGUUUGAUGCUUUAGUUGAUGCUGCAUACAACUCUAUAGCAGCCCUCAACUUUUCAGAUAUCCCAAUCGUUGUGACCGAGACUGGUUGGCCGUGGGAUGGUGGUGCCAAUGAGCCCGAUGCUACUAAGGAAAAUGCGGAAACUUUUAACAAUAACCUGAUUCGGCGUGUUUCAAAUGAUACAGGUCCACCUAGUCAACCUAAAAAUCCCAUUGACACCUUUAUUUAUGAGAUGUUCAAUGAAGACAAAAGACCUGGACCGAUAUCGGAAAGAAGCUGGGGUAUCUUUUCUAUAAAUGGGAGCGAGGUUUAUUCCCUUAGCCUAGGUUCCUCGGGCGGCAUCUCUGACAAUUCUACUGCAGUUUUCUGUAUAGCAAAAAAGGGUGCAGAUGAGAACAAAUUGCAAGAUGGAAUUAACUGGGCUUGUGGCCAGGGACAUGCUAAUUGCAGUGCUAUUCAAUCUGGGCAGCCUUGUUAUUUUCCAGAUACAUUGCAAAAUCAUGCUUCUUACGCUUACAAUGACUAUUAUCAGAGAAUGCGUAGUGUUGGUGGAACAUGUGAUUUUGAUGAUACAGCAACAACGACAACACAAGAUCCAAGUUCCAAAACAUGUAAAUUUACAGGAAGUUCGACUCCAGGUGGGCUUUUCCCUCCGGCAGCAUUUGGACCUAUCAGUCCGACAUCUCAGAGUUCAACGAUUCGAGCAUCUGUUAUCGUGUAUACAUUGGCUGUAUUUUCUGCUUUGUUGAUGCUUGAUGUGAAUGUGCAUUUUGUUUAAUAGCCUCUUUAUGAAGUCAGUUCUUUCCCUUGAUGAUUCCUCAUGUAUUUUUCAGGAAAAUUGAACCAUUUCAGUAGUCAGUUUAGAUGAUUGAUAUCUGUCUGACAUCAACUAGAUGAUUGAAAUCCAUUUUUUGAUAUUUAUUCCUGUUGAUGA